UAAUGAGCAUGUGCACGAAGUGUGUAAAGCUGCAUAACAGUAGCUCUUGCUAGCCAGCUCUUCUUCUCUUCCGUCGCGCUGAAACGUAAUGCAGGAGAACAGAAGCCCGCCACCGGACCAUGUUACGACUGCUGCUGGAAACAGUACUGCAGAAUUCGAGGACGCGGAUGGAUACCUGGACUUGGACACGGUUCAGCUGCUGGAUGGAGACUUUCAGCUCAUUUCUCGCAUCCGCAAACUCUCAGACACCACCAAAGACAAGCUAGUCUUCACCAUAUUCUCCAUUGACACCAUGAUGACUGCCUUUCUUGCUGGUUACAUACCACAGGACUUUUACAUCUUCUACUCCUUACUUGCUUUUAACUUUCUACUUUCCUACACAUUUACGUUUUGUUAUUUUUCUCUUUCCCCAUUCUACACUUCAAAGAAAGCUGUACUGCUGCUGAGCUACCGCUGGUACUCUUACAAGAAGUUAAAGUACCACUACUUUCUCUUUGACUUCUGUUACUUCACCACACUUCUCAUCUUUCUCUACCUGUGGUUACCAUGGGGUCACCUGUACAAGGGAUAUAUUUUCCCGUCAAUAUUCGGAUUUAGCAACGGACCACUGCUUGCUGCAGUCAUGCUGUGGAAGAAUUCACUUGUCCCGCAUUCAGUUGACAAGAUGACGUCAGUAUUUAUACACGUAUCACCUUCUAUUACCCUCUGGGGGAUCAGAUGGCACUCGACUGAAGACCAAGGCUUUCCUCUCUGUGCAGAGCCAAGUGGCCCAGGACCCAGCGGAUGUGACAACAUCACUGCAUCAGAGCUCAUUUACUACCCAAUGCUCAUGUACCUUGUCUGGCAGACUGGCUACAUUCUAGUGGUGUUCAUGUGGAGAAAUGAGAAGGUGGAGAGAAAAAGCUACGAGACCAGCUACCGAUGGAUGAUCAACAAGUCUAAGAAGUUGUUUCUCCACAAAUGGUGUAUGGCUCUGGGUCCCCGCUAUAGCAAACAUCUGUUUGUGACCUACCAGUUCAUCUAUACCAUGGUCUCCAUGCUGCUGGCCUACUUCUGUUUCCACUAUCACUAUGCCAAUGUGUUCUGGUGGUGAUAGUUCUCACAGUUGCCUCAUACAAUGGAGCAUCAUUCUACAUCGACGUCUUCAGUCGGCGAUACAUUAGUGACUCUACCAACAGCAAACAUAAGAAUACAUAAGUGCUAUUGGGCUUAGUUCCUCUCAUGAUGCUAAUUAUUUAACCAUUACAGCAGUAUUAGCUACUGUGUUCCCUUUCAGUAAUGCAAAAAUGCCUAGGGCAGCUCUCAUUUCCUAUAAAGGUGUAGCUCAU